AGAUCGACAUACAUAAGCUCAGAAGUCUGACGAAAUAUAACUUUAGUCAGACGGGGAGAUUCGAGGAAGUGACAGUUAUGCUACCUGAGGCAUAAUUGGCAUUUAUUUGUUUAUUACUGGAAUGUAAUUCUGUAUUGGAAUUGCUGAAGAUCAAGUAGCAGUUUAUCUAACUGUAACUCAAUCCUUGAAAACAGGAGGAAGAAAAAUUACAAAUACCUAUUACAACUUUUAAAUAGAGGUUAAGAUGUUUUUGGCGGCCAGUUGGUGCCUGGGGCGCUAUAUGUGGCUUCUGCCAAUUUUCACUCUUGGUUGGUUAUUUGUUUCCAUGACAACAACGUAUGGCAUUGCUGUGGCCCUUAAUCACACCUUCCCAAAUUUCCCAUACAUCAGUUAUACAGGGGUGCAAGUUCCAGAGAGAGGAAUAUUCACUUUUUCAAUAGCAGUCACCGCAAUUAUGCUUGCUGCAAAUGCAGAAAUGCGAUUUCUGUUUGUUAAAGAGGUUUUUCGUGAGAAGAAAAUGAACAAGAGAUGGACGGACACUAACAUUGCUGGCCUUGUCCUGGGGCUGAUUUCUUCCUUUGGACUUCUGCUUGUUGGAUGUUUUCAGGUGGAUGUAAUGAAGCCACCCCAUUACUUUGGUGCAUUCUUGUGUUUUGUAAUUGCCAUAGUGUAUCUAUGGUUACAGACCGUCAUCACCUGGAAACUUAGACAUGUGGCACAGAAGACACAAGACGGCAAAGUUUGGAGGGCAGUCCGCUUCUUCAUCUGGAUAUUCCAAAUCCUCAACAGCGCAGCUUCCACCAUUCUGCUCAUCUUGUUUUCUGUGUCAAAGACAACAUAUAAAUUACAAAGAAAAGCAAACAUGGGGACAAAAUGGGAUACGUUACGUGGUGUGUUUUUGUUGUCCACAACGACGGAAUGGCUGCUCGCAUUCUCAAUUAUGUUUUUUGUACUGACCUUCAUCCCUGGCUUCAAACGUUUGAAGGACAUCAAAGUGAAAGUCACCUUGGACAAAGGAAAAGACAGAAAGUGCGGCCCAGUAUCCAAUGGAGAUGCAGAUCAGCAUGAAAUGAAUGACAGAUCAAGUUUAACUGGACCAGAAAAAGUGUAGAAGGUACAGAGAACUAUAGUCCCAACAUUUUCUAAUCAAAGACAGCAUUGAUUUAAACAUCCAGUUGUUAAUCUGAUACUUCUCUCUGUGGUAGUCAGUACAGAGUCCUCACAGAGAGUUUUAUCUGAAGUUAACAUAAGUUACUACAAAAUCAAAUUGAACCAUUUGUUAACACAGAAAAUUUUAUUAAAAAUUAUUUUACUUCACAUUUACAUGUGAAAACAGCUCAAUGCUUGUUAGUUAGUUUGCAUUUGUUAAUUUAAUAAUUUGCAUAAUUUUACAUUUUCAUAAGUGAAAUAAAAGUUAGAUGAGUACUUCUUUUGCCAAGCUUAAAAAUCUUGAGUUGUAUAUUGAGUUACUGGUGCUGAUCUAGUAUAAGUUGUUAUAUGAUUGAAGAUCAAGUAACAGUGGUGUUAGUGAUGUAUGUACAGAUUUUCUAAGUAUCUACAUGUUUUAAACUUUCAGGUAUAUUUCAUUUUGUUAAAAUUAAUCCUUGUAUGAGCUUUAUAAAAUCCAUGAUAUUUUUCAAUUUGGUUUUUUUUUUUACAAUACUUGUAAAUAUGUCUGACAUGCAAUGUUGAGAAUAAUUAUAUUAUUUUUUCAGUGAAUACUAACUUUUUAAUAUUUUUUCCUUGUAAAAUUUUUAUACUGGAUUACCAUUUAAUGUCAGGUACAUAUGUGUCUUAAUCAUUGUAUAUAAAGUGUUUCAUGUUUUGUGUACAUGUAUCAUCUUUAAAAUAUUUUUUUUCAUCCCUUGUGGUAUGAUUUUUGUGACCACCUUGUUUGCAGAAUCAAAUGCUGUUAUUGAAACCAAAAUGACAAGCUUUACUGCCUUAAUUGUGUACUGCACUGUAUGUUGUAAUGGCUACCACCAUAUUACAUGUACUAUUGGUGCUACUGGAUUUAACUGGAAUUGUUUUAAUAAUUUCAUUUGCACAUCCAAGCUUUCAAAACCAAAUAUUUGCAGUGAUAGAAAUAAUUAGAGGUGAAGAAACAAAUAUGGCAUUCUAAAACAAAGUUGUUUUUUUAAAUAAAUUAAUACAAAUAAACUGUCAUGAACUGUUAAGUAUGUGCAUGCAGAUAAAGCUUAAUUAUAAUCAAAUGUCUGCACACACAGGUACAUGUAUAUAGAAGAAAAUGUGGGUAAAAUAGUUUGCUUUUUUUUUUUUUUUUAUUUUGAUGAUGAUUUGGGUAACAAUUAGUCCCAGCAGAAGUCAUUAGAUAUUAAUGUUUUAAAUAAAUUUUCGUAUAUUUUAAAAAUCAGUGUUUGUAUUUGUAUCCGUAUAAAAAUUUCAGAUCAGCAUUGCAUGUUCAUAGAGUACUAUAGCUGUGUUUGUAAAUUAAAGAUAUGGAAUAAUACUGUUUUUUUUUUUGUGAGUGAAGAUGGCAGGAAAGUGUAUUGAAUGGUUGUGAAUUUUUUCAUAGAAUUUCUACAUAUUGGUUCCUAUAUUUAUACAUGACUGUGUUGUCUUUUUUAUGCUGCUGCAUUUUCAUACUACAGAUUUGUUUAGCUUUGAACAUAAAGAGUAUUCUCUAAUUAUGUUAAAAAGAGUAUUUUUAUAAUUCUGAAUACUGGGUAUUGUAAAAUCUAUCAAAUAUUUUUAUAUAUUAAAUUUAUCUGUCAAGCAUUGCUCAAAUGAAAAAAGAAAUUAAUUUAAACUUUAUUAAUAAAAGAUAACUUUGCUUUUACUUGAUUUUAAUGUUUUUCCUCACAAGUUAUUUCCCUUUCACACCUCUGUACUUUUUGUGAAGAUCUGGUAAGUUCUAUUGGUUUUGAAAUAAUGCAGGGAUUUGCUGUCACACAAAGUUUUAUUAUCAAUAAUAGUAAGUGCUCCACCUCUAGAUGAAAUGUUGUAUUUCUCUGUGUUCAUGCAGGUUAUGGAAUUAUAUAUUUUUUUCAAUAAAUGACAGAAGACAUAGUUUUUAAUGUCUUAGAGAAUAAAACAGAGAUAAUUUCCUGAUUAUGUCCAUGAGCAUCUGAUUUAAACAAUGGAAUCUCUAUACUCCCUAUUUUUAGCACAUUAUUUUUAUUGAGCUGUGCAGUAUCCUACAGAAAUUGUGUCUGUUAUUAACAUGAUUUAUUUAGGAUGUGUACUUUUUGAUCCAUUUAUAUGUUUGAAUGAGUAGGUGAUCAUAAUUAUUUCUAGAAUUUGUGAAAGGAUUUAACUGGGUGAUGGGAACUUUUUUAUUCCUUUUUUUUUUAACAAUACAGUACUAGUUCUUGUUUGUACCAUUUUACCCAAAAAAGAACCACUGAUAGACACAUCAUACAAACUUGUGACUAUUUAUUGGAAUUUUUAAUUUUUUGUAUUAUUAAUAAACCAUUGUUAUGUUUGAAGAAAUCUGCCCAUCCCAAAGCAGAGUCUUAUUUAUCCAAACUGUUGCUGUUAAGCUCAUUAUUGUUGGCCUUAGGUAAAUAAUUGUAUACAUGUGUAAAAUUCAUGUAUUGUCAAAUAAAUAUACAUUUUGUUACUAGAA